AUGGCCAUCAAUACAGCUCCGCCAGCGCCGGAGUUGUUAGAUUUGGACAACCUACGAGCCAUCAAAGUACUAGGCAAAGGUGCUAUGGGCACAGUAUUCCUCGUCCAUCACAAGUCAAACGACCCCUUUGCCCACCGCCCCUUCGCCCUCAAGGUGGUGGAGAAAUCCUCCCUCCGUCAUGCCGACCGCCGCGCUCGCCACGAAAUCUCCGUCCUCAGCCGCUUUCACAACCACCCUUUUCUGCCAUACCUCAUUGGAUCUUUUGAAAAUCAUGAAAUCAUUUGCUGGGCUAUCCCGUUUUGCCCCGGCGGAGACCUCAACGUGCUCCGGCACCGCCAAAACGACCGCGUUUUCUCUUCUGCUGUCAUCCGUUUUUAUUUAGCGGAAAUCAUUUGUGCUUUGGAGCACCUCCAUGGACAAGGCAUUGUUUACCGGGAUUUGAAGCCGGAAAACAUCCUCGUACAACAAUCCGGCCACGUCACAUUAACGGAUUUCGACCUGUCGAGAAACCUUGUCCAAAGAAAACCAGAUAAUCUGCAAUUUUACUCCGAUCCGGAGGAACAUUCACCAGCAAAUUUAAAGUACACUCAUCUCGCCGGAAAAUUCACGCGCUUCAUUAUUUUGAAAAGAGGAAAGCAUGCAUUCAACAAGAAGACAGGGUUGAAGAAAGUGAAAAGUGCCCGCGUGUCGCCAGUUAGCCGGAGAAACCCAGAUGAUUUUUCGUCGAAUGAGCGGUCGAAUUCCUUUGUUGGCACAGAGGAGUACGUCGCACCGGAGAUUAUACGUGGCGACGGCCAUGAAUUUGCCGUCGAUUGGUGGGCUCUUGGUGUGCUUUGCUAUGAAAUGCUAUAUGGAACGACUCCAUUUAAGGGUAAGAACAGAAAAGAAACAUUUCAGAAAAUACUAUUAAGCCGGCCGGAAUUCUUCGGCAAGCCAAAUCCAUUAACGGACUUGAUUCGAAAGUUGUUGGAAAAGGACCCCACGCGCCGCCUCGGGUAUCGGAGAGGCGCCUGCGAGAUUAAGGAACACGAGUUCUUUCACGGCUUGAGGUGGGAUUUACUAAAGGAAGUUGUGCGGCCUCCGUUUCUACCAUUAAAAGAUGAGAUUGGAGUGACAGACGAUUUAGUUAAACGCGAAAUUGAUGUUAUGGAGUACUUUCACAAGUUGAAGAAUCCGUCAUCACCCUUAUGGUCAUCGUCACCUGAUGAGUGUCAACAGUUAUCGGAAUUCUAA